AUGGAAUAAAAUACAAAGUCUAAUUAAGAAUAUGUAAUUAGAAUUGUUUAUUUUAGUUUAAGAAAUUGAAGUUAAUACAAAAGAAAAUGGAGGAUGUAAAAGCAGAUUAAAGUCCAAGUGUUAUAAAAUAUAUGAUGAGGAGAAAGAGUGCUGAAGAGAUUCAAGCUCCUUUACAUGAUGUUGAAUAUAAUAAAUAGCCAAAAAAGAAAAAGUUGUUAUUCUUUAAGACAUUCUAGAAAGUCACAAUAGAUCCUCAUAUAAAAUUAGAUGAAAUAAAUGAAGAGAAAUGGACAAUAAUGAAAAAUAAUUAUAAAUCACUUAUAGAGAAAUCUCGUUAAAGUCUAAUAAAAUCUACUGAAGGUGGUUAGAGUAUAAUGAAUAAUAAGGAACCACAUAAGAUGUAAUUCCUUACUAGAAGAUAGUCUAUUGAAUUUCGAUUACGUGAAAUAGCUACAGCUCCUAGUAAUCAUACAUCAGUAUCACCAUUAAAAUUAACUACAUAAUCUAAUGUUUAACCUUCUGUCGAUCCAACUUAUGCUCGAUUUAAAAAAUAUUAUUAAAAGAUAGGGAUUCCUUCAGAUAGUCCAGUCAAAUUGAAAUUAUAAAAAAUGAUGUCUACUCCUAUUGCUCCUUAAAAAAAGAAAGAUAAGAGUUCUCAUUCAACUAAUUCCUAAAAUCUUUCUCCAUCUCCACCUAAAUCUAAGAUAUUACAUAUUAAAGCUAAUAAUAGUCUUUAAUAUCUCAAAGAAAUUAGAGAAAUAUGUUCUAUAGCAUCUAAUUAUCAUGCUUAAGUUAAAUAAGAUGAAAAAAAUUAAAUUUAACAUGCCAGUUAAUAAGUUGGUUACAUUCAAGCUGAAUUUAAUAAAUUUCACAAUAUGUUAACUUCAGAUUUAGAGACUGUUGAUUUCAUUAUUGAUAAAAAAUGA